UGUGUGUGUCUUUAAAAGAUUCUCCACCUCCCUGCCGGCCUCCUCACAGUUUGCCACUGGGGUGUGCAGCCUCCUGGUUGCCUCAGUCCAUGCAGGGACCCAGCAUGGGCACCUCCUUUGUAGUUCCAGGAGCAGUUUUGUUGUCAUGGAGGCCACAGUGAAUUGAGGAGUGUAAAGGUAGCUGUUUUUAGUCUCAAAGAUCAGCCCAAAAUAUAGGCCGUUGCUCCUCUUCCGGAAAAGCCUGAUUGGUAGGAUUCUUCCAGUUCAGCAGACGUGCUUUAUCUCUUUCCCUCACCAACUUCAAAACUAGAGCUCACCAAGAUCCUGUGGAGGAAAACCUGCCAGGUCUAUCAUUUCUGACAAAUGGCUGAUCCUGGAGGUGGAGCUGUUUGCAAUGGGACUCUUCACAGUCAGAGCGAGGACAGUCACAGUGAAAACUGCACAGAGAACGGGACAGUGAGAGAAGCCCAGCAAAAUGGAAAUUCCAAUUUCUAUAAGCCAAUUGUUGAAUCCUUUGAGGAAGCACCUCUUUAUGCUGUGAUUUUUACUUAUAUGGGAUAUGGAAUUGGGACGCUGUUUGGCUAUCUCAGAGAUUUUUUGAGAAACAGGGGAAUAGAAAAAUGCAAUGCAGCUGUAGAACGAGAAGAACAAAAGGAUUUUGUGCCGCUGUAUCAAAACUUUGAGAAUUUUUAUACACGGAACAUUUACAUGAGAAUCAGAGACAACUGGAACCGGCCCAUCUGCAGUGCCCCGGGGGCUCUGUUCGAUGUGAUGGAGAGGGUUUCAGAUGACUACAACUGGACAUUUAGGUUUACUGGAAGAAUCAUCAAAGAUGUCAUCAACAUGGGUUCCUAUAACUUCCUUGGCCUGGCAGCCAAGUAUGAUGAAUCCAUGAGGACAGUAAAGGAUGUGUUAGAGACGUACGGCCUAGGUGUGAGCAGCACCAGACAAGAAAUGGGAACCUUGGAUAAGCAUAAGGAGUUAGAGGACCUCGUGGCAAAGUUCCUGAAUGUAGAAGCUGCUAUGGUCUUUGGGAUGGGAUUUGCAACUAACUCAAUGAAUAUCCCUGCACUAGUUGGAAAGGGGUGCCUCAUUUUAAGUGAUGAGUUAAACCACGCAUCUCUUGUGCUUGGGGCCCGCCUCUCAGGUGCAACCAUAAGGAUCUUCAAACACAACAACAUGCAAAGCCUAGAGAAGCUCCUGAGAGAUGCUGUAAUCUAUGGUCAGCCCCGAACCCGCAGAGCUUGGAAGAAGAUUCUCAUCCUAGUGGAGGGCAUCUACAGCAUGGAAGGUUCCAUCGUGCGUCUGCCCCAGAUCGUGGCCCUAAAGAAGAAAUACAAGGCUUACCUCUACAUAGAUGAAGCUCACAGUAUCGGAUCUGUGGGCCCCAGCGGUCGUGGUGUGGUGGAGUUCUUUGGAAUGGACCCCAGAGAUGUUGAUGUGUGCAUGGGCACAUUCACCAAAAGCUUUGGAGCCUCAGGAGGUUACAUAGCUGGAAGAAAGGACCUUGUGGAUUAUUUACGGGUUCACUCGCACAGUGCUGCAUAUGCUACAUCCAUGAGCCCCCCAGUAGCUGAGCAGAUCAUCAGGUCAAUCAAGUUCAUCAUGGGACUGGAUGGGACCACACAAGGGUUGCAGAGAGUACAGCAACUUGCCAAAAACACAAGAUACUUCAGACAGAGACUGAAAGAAAUGGGAUUCAUUAUCUACGGCCAUGAGGAAUCUCCAGUGGUCCCCCUGCUCCUUUACAUGCCUGCUAAAUUAGCGGCUUUUGCAAGGCAUCUAUUAAAGAGAAAAAUUGGUGUGGUGGUCGUUGGAUUUCCAGCUACUCCCCUCGCAGAAGGCCGGGCUCGGUUUUGUGUUUCAGCAGCACACACCCAGGAGAUGUUAGACACAGUUUUGGAAGCCCUGGAUAAGAUGGGUGACCUGCUGCAUGCUAAAUAUUCCCGGCACAGGAAGUCAGCUCGCCCCGAACUCUAUGACGAGACCAGCUUUGAACUUGAGGAUUGAGUUUCCUGGUCCCGGAUGGAACCUAAAGACUUCGCCAGAAAGACCUCCCUCCUUUCGUCAAAAGAAAUACAAAUGUGUUUCUCCUCCUUUCUAAGGACGGUUUUGGUUUCCAAGCCAGCUUUAUUGACCCAAGAGAGAUAUGAUUUUUGUUGUGUUUUUAAUGUCUCUGCAGAGACAAAGCUUCGGUUCCAGAGUUUACCUUUCUCCUCUUCCAAGUGUCUUGUCACAAAUACACACCUGCUCUUCUUAGAAUAUUUUUAAUGUCAAUGAGCCUGUGUUUUAGCUGCUCCUGUGCAGCCUCUUUGGUCCAGACCCUUUCAGGAGUUCCAGCCAAAUGAGAGGGUUUCGAUUCUUAACUCAGUAGAGCUCACUGUGUGCUUACUUACUUCAUCUGCAGACAGGGCAGGGUCGGGUGGGGGCAGGUGCUGAACUCCUUGUUACCCACGGCAACACCAGCCAGAACGCAUCCACAUCAGAGGACAUCUCAGGCAAGAGGGUGAAGAAAUGUGGCUUCUACCAUUUGCUGCAUUUGGACUUUUCCCAAGAACAAGUAUCAAAAGCCAUAGUCAAUGUUUCGAGUGAGAGAGAAGACCUGACCAGCAGCAACCAAAGGUGUCUUUAAAGGAAACGUUCCUUUUCCUCUUGUUGGUCUCCUACAGGUUUACAGCUGAGCUUUUGAAGUUUGGAAAAUUCAGGACUCUUGUUUCAUCAGGAAGGGAGCAGAAAGCAAGUCAGCCAGUUUUAGGCCUGAACUUAAAACUCUGAAGCGGUAACAACUUGAAUGUUGUUGGUGCCACGUGGACUGAACGUUCAGUGUGCAUGGCCUUCACUUCUUUAAGGAAUGAGUUGUCAUUUUCCUAUUGAAUUUGGAAUACAUGGUGAAAUUCAAGGUCCUUUAGAGUUGACUCCCAAGACUACACUGGAAGAACAUAUUAAUUCAAAAAAGGCAUUUAAAAGUAAAUUCUAUUCAACUUUUCCAAUUCUGACACCCCCAUUCAGGCCUAUUAAAUGGCACUGUAUCUGGCACCAGCGCCCCAGUUGAGUACUGGGUGGGCUUGUACACUAUUGGGCAACCAACUGUAAUUUACUUGUGUUCUCUCUGUCUCUCUCUCUGUCUCUGGGUGUCUGCCCGCCUGCCUCUCUCUCUCUCUAAAAGUAAACACAAACUUCUCUGCAAAAGAAGCCCUUUGCUAAUUGGACCUGGUUGGUAUGGAAAAAGCCAGUGGAAAACCUUAUCUUUAAUGAGCUCCAAGAUUGUAUUCAGAUUGGGAAACUGUAGAAAGCAGUGGCGACCUUUCAGCAAAGAUUCUGUAAUAGUUCAAAUGAGUUACAGAACAUUCCAAUCCAUCAAAUGACACUAUAAAGAAAUCACUUCAAGAGAGGUUCGAAUUCGCAUGACAUAGAUGGGCCCAGACUUUCAUGCUGGGAGCUGAGAUAGAAACUCCGCCCACAGCAUGGCAUCCGGUGGAGCAGCAGGCCCUGAUGCUCACAGCUUAUUAAAGGAUAAAGGGGAUCAGUGUGAAGACCUUUAUCAUGGGGAAAUGAUAACCCUCAGUAGGAACAUCAGGUUAAAAGUGGAUCACAAUGAUAAAUUUCCUCAUGAUUGUCUGCAAGGAGUCGUACAAGCAGAACAGGAGAGGAAAUGGGAUCUGAAAAUCCAGUUGUCCUGUCUAAGGACUGAUUUUAAUACCUCAAUUCCAGACUAAAUUCCAACUCUUCUCAAUGAACUGGUGCAGCAUUCCUUUUGCAAAGAAAAUCUAUGUUGUAUAAAUGUACAAUGAAAAGGAAGCCUUGUAGAUCUUUUCUCUUGAAAACGUGCAUUUAAAUGAAGUUGAUCCUAGUUAAUUGUCCAAAAUGCAUCUUCAUCAAGAUCCCAGAGUCCUGGGCAAUUCACUACAUUCUCUGAUACAAUAUAAAGAAUCUAUCUGUGCCAGAGAAUCUGUGUUGAGAAUACACUUAGAAGAAUAACUGGAAUCAAAGUAGAAUGUUUCCUGAGCACAUUUAGAGGGGCCCAGGUCCCAAAGGGCUGGUAGUAUAUAAAAAUAUAUGUCAUACACAAUAAGGUUGGUUAAGAGGUUUAUUGUGAGAAUUUUUAAUUUUUUAUAAGAAAAAAAAAAAAACUACUGCAAGGUUAGUAAAACCAUGAUUUCAAUUCAAUAGGGAUUACUGGGUCCUAGUAACAAUGCCAGAGCCAAAAAUUUCCCUUUGGUUGGUUCUGUUUGGAAAGGAAAUUUUCCAGCAGAACUAUUAUGUUAUUCAGUCUUUACUCUGCCAAUUACACACACACACACAAACACACACACCCUUCUUUUCCUUUACAGAGCAAACAAGAGUUUAACAACACAGAGAUGAGAAUCUGGUUGGUUGAUAGACAGAUAGAAGAUGCUGUUCUAAAAAUUACCUUCAAGGAAGCAAAAGAUAAAGGACCCAGAUGAAUAUUCGUGAGGAGGAUACAUUUGCACAUUAGGGAGACACCAUCCUAGUCUUGUCAUGGAACUGCAGUGCCCUGGAUGUUUGGCCCUAUUGCCUUUCAGCAUGUUUUGUCCUGCCAGAGAACAUAUGGAGUUUACUAGGAAGCUUGUUAAAAAUGCAGAUCCCUGGAUCCCACAGCAGACCUCCACUGAAUCAGACUAGCUUUCAUGCCCAGGAAUCUGUGUUUUAGCCAGACUUCCCAGGGGAUUCUAAUCCAUGUCAUAGUUUGAGAACUACUAUUGGAACUUUUGUUUUGGUAGAUCAGUUGGGUCUAAUAACAUACCAGGAACUUUGUUCUGAUUUUCUGUUGAUAGUUUAAGGUGUUUAUAAUACUAAAACUAAUUAUUCCAAAAUUUUCUCCUCAAUGGGACAUUUUGUUCCCAUUUUCUAGGUGCCUUCUCUUUCCACAAAAAUGGAUCCAAUGUUAAAGAAUCAUCUGCCAUUCAUUUGAACAAAAUUGUCUCUUUUCUAGUUCUCUGUAUCAUUUCUUGCAAGAUGUCCCUUUUCCUUUUCAUCACUUUGUCCCAUUGAAUGUGGUAUCUUUUUCCUUUUUUCCCUUCUUACUCCUUUAAAAAGUCUUCAAUCUCUGAUUAUUUAUUAAUUCCAAAAACAGCUCUUGAACAGGGUGAAAGUCUUAACAGUUCUUCAAACAUGCAAUGUUCCUCUGUAUUUCUCUUCAGAGAUAACAAAUAUUAUAAAUUAAUUACUCUGACUUAAAAGUUCUGAUGAGGAAAACUUAACCCUCUUAAAUAUAUGCUUUGAUUUACAGCAAUAAUAACAAUUGUGACUUGAACUUAUUUGAUGAUUUCUUGGCAAUUUAUUCCUGGUCUCAGGAAGUAUAACAUAUUUGAAGUCUAUAUUCUCAGAAUGCCAUACACAGCUGUGUAAUGUUUAAGAAAUUAAAAGGAGUUUGAAUUUUAAA